AUGGCGUUUCUCUUGCUUUGCGAUGUGUUCGCGUAUGGCGACGAUGCCGAAACGCUCGCAUGCAACGCCGUCCCCGUUCUGAUCCUGCACACUCAACCACCCACACACCCACACGCACACGCACCACCCACAAGAAUCGCGUUGUGCUCCUCAACGAUCGACACGAACCUCUUCUUUGCUCAAUUCCCUCACUUCACCAACGGAGGUCUGGCGGACCUCGUGGUGGUCACCUCCACCCGCGUCCCCCUCAUCAAGUUCACCUUCCACGCCGUGCACGUCGAUCUCCUCUUCGCCUCCGUCGACCUCGCGGAGCCGCCGAGCAACGACGACCUUCUGCGCGACGACUUCCUUUUUCGCGUGUCGGAGAACAGCCGUGCCACGGUGAACGGCAUCCGCACCAUCUUAGAGAUCUACCGCCGCCUCCGUCUCCCACAAGAGGACUACGCCUGCGUCCUGCGCGCCGUGAAGUACUGGGCCACGCGGCGGCAGGUCUACGGUAACCUGUACACCUUUCCGAAUGGAGUGUGUCUAGCCAUCAUGGUGGCCCGCGCCUCUCAGCUGUGUCCGGUGCAGGACCCCAGCGCGCUUCUAAAGUUUUUCUUUGCGCUCUACGUGCGGUGGCUCUCCCGGAGUACUCCCACUGCGCCAAUCACCAUCGUGAUGGCAGAGGACACGACGACUGCCAUGACCGCCGUGCCCGGCAUGACGCGAGCGUGGGACGCCACGCGGGACGCGGCCGACCUCCUUCCGAUCCUCAACCCCGCCCGGCCCACGGUGAACGCCGCCCACACAGUGGGCCGCAGCGGCCUGCAACUCUUCUACGCGGAACUGCGGCGUGCGCAUCGGCUUCUGCAGGAUCACUCCGCCACAGCGGACGCGCCGCCGUAUCGGCAGCUGUGGCAGCCAUACAACGUGUUGCAGGAGUACCGCUACUUCGUCAGCGUGCACAUCGCGUGCGUCCACGCGUCCUCCACAGCGUGCGAAAGUCUGCUGAAUGUGUGGAAAGGCUUUAUCGAGAGCAAGCUGCGCAUCUUCCUCUACGCGCUGGAGUGCGUGGCGGAGGUGCGGCCCUUUCCUCAGUCCGUCGUGGACAAACCCAGCGACGAAAUUGUUGGCGGCGGUGUCACGCUGCGGCGCGCCUCUCGCGCUUUCUUUUUUGGCGUCCGCCGCGGCAACAGUGAGCUGCAACAGAGCUGCUUUGCGGAGGCAUUUAAGGAGUUCCGGUACGCGGUAGCGGAAGGCACGACACCGCCCUACGGCUUUGAGCGCGACGAGCAUAGCAUGCUCGGCCCGUGGUUCUCGUUCUUCGCCAAGGAGCAGACGGCGGCGCCGGGCACGGCGUUGCACGCCCUGCAGGCCGCGUGUGCAGAAGCUGUCUCAGGGGCGUUUUGA